AUGGAAACACUGGUGACGUUCCUCCUCACUGGAUCUCUGAUACAAGUGUUUGACUCCAGCAGCCCUGACACUAAACUGUUCAAAGGAGAAAUAUUAGGCACUGCUACACAGAAAAACUGCAGCACACGCUUCGAUAAUGUCAAUCAGAAUCAUAAUGGAUCAUAUUACUUCAGACUUGAAGAUGAUAAACUGAGGUAUAGCUUCAUAAAUAAUCCACUCUUACAAAUUGUCGUCUCAGGAUCUCCACCCAAACCCACAUUGAGUGUCUUUAAGGAUCAGCAGGAGGUGAUGAAGAUGGAGGAGGUGAUGGAGGAAAGUUCAUUGAGUCUGCGCUGCUCUACUAAGAUCUUCUGUCCGUCUCGUCCUCCAUCUCUCACGUGGACCUCGUCUCUCAAUGAGAACAUCACAGGACAGCAGUAUCAGAGCCAAUCAGAGCUCGUCUCUGAUCUGAACUUCACUGUUUCUCACCGUCUUCACAAAGUCACUUUCACCUGCACCGCAACACACCAGCUACAGAGGAAUAUAACAACACAGCGCUCCCGUAUGAUACGAGUUCAGUAUGCUCCUACAAACACAUCAGUGAGGAUAAACCCAGCUGGUUUAGUUCUGGAGGGUCGUUCAGUGACUCUGAUCUGCAGCAGUGAUGCAAACCCAGCAGUGAACUACACCUGGUACAGAGACCCUGAAGAACUCCUGAAUCCAGUUCAGACCGGACCAAACCUGACCCUCAACAACCCUGACCCUACAGACAGAGGACUAUACUACUGUAGAGCUGACAACAAACACGGAUCUCACAACACAUCAGUGCUGCUGGACGUCCAGUAUGCUCCUACAAACACAUCAGUGAGGAUAAACCCAGCUGGUUUAGUUCUGGAGGGUCGUUCAGUGACUCUGAUCUGCAGCAGUGAUGCAAACCCAGCAGUGAACUACACCUGGUACAGAGACCCUGAAGAACUCCUGAAUCCAGUUCAGACCGGACCAAACCUGACCCUCAACAACCCUGACCCUACAGACAGAGGACUAUACUACUGUAGAGCUGACAACAAACACGGAUCUCAGAACACAUCAGUGCUGCUGGACGUCCACAGUGAACUACACCUGGUACAGAGACCUGAAGAACUCCUGAAUCCAGUUCAGACCGGACCAAACCUGACCCUCAACAACCCUGACCCUACAGACAGAGGACUAUACUACUGUAGAGCUGACAACAAACACGGAUCUCAGAACACAUCAGUGCUGCUGGACGUCCAGUAUGCUCCUACAAACACAUCAGUGAGGAUAAACCCAGCUGGUUUAGUUCUGGAGGGUCGUUCAGUGACUCUGAUCUGCAGCAGUGAUGCAAACCCAGCAGUGAACUACACCUGGUACAGAGACCCUGAAGAACUCCUGAAUCCAGUUCAGACCGGACCAAACCUGACCCUCAACAACCCUGACCCUACAGACAGAGGACUAUACUACUGUAGAGCUGACAACAAACACGGAUCUCACAACACAUCAGUGCUGCUGGACGUCCAGUAUGCUCCAAAAAACACAUCACUGUCGGCGUUUCCCUCCAGCUCAGUGAUGGAGGGCAAACCAGUGACUCUGAACUGCAGGACUGAUUCAAACCCAGCAGAGCUCAACUACACCUGGUACAGAGAGACUGGAUCUCAAUUUGAGUUCCUCCAAACUGGAUAUAAUCACACCUACACUGUGACAAACCCUUCACACAACGCAUGGUAUGGCUGUAAUGCUCAAAACCAGCAUGGCCAAUGCAAUGCAACAGUCCAACUUGAUGUUCAGUUUAUGCCCAAAGUCAACAGCUCUUGUAGCAGAAACAGUGUAAUGUCGUGUGUCUGUGAGGCUCAUGGGAAUCCCUGCCCUACACUAGAGUGGCGUCUGUCUGGACAUGCGCUCACUAACUCUACAGAAACACCCAUCAGUGAGGAGAAGUUAGGAAGCACAGGAGUGAAGAGCGUCCUGACCCUCCGUCAGUCCCUCUCAGACACAGACGUCCUGCAGUGUUUCAGCUCAAACGUUUACGGCAGCGCAAGUCAACAGUUUCAGCCCAUCUCAUCAACACAAGAAACAAGUUUCCAUCCUCUGUCAGUGCUGCUCGGAGCCGCUGUCGGUGCGGCAGUGAUGAUAAUCUUGUGCAUCAUGAUGCUCUGCUAUGAACGAAGAAGGAAAGAAAAACCUUCAGAAUCCAGGCAAGACGACACGUCUGGACUCAUUCUGACUCAAAUAGCCGUUGCUCUGGAUCAUGACAUUCAGUUUGUUCACGCCGAUAACGGCAUGCUGUCAUCCACCGCACCGAGUGAACCACAAUCUCUUCAUUAUUCCUCCAUCGAUUUCUCAAACACUGAAGCGCCGUCAGGAGAGAUCAGGGGCAUGGCCUCGCUGACCAGUGAAUACGCUACGAUCAGACACCGUCCUGAAGAAGCUGCAGACGCAGAGAACACCACAGAGCCCAAACAAGAAGAAGACAUGACAGCAGAGAUCACAGACACUUCUUCACCGGCAUCAGAAGACGUGAUUUAUGGAAACAUGAGCCAUCACCACAGACAGAAGGAACCGCUGGUCACCGCAGAUGAUGCUGAAAAGAUAGACUGAACCAAAGCCUUCAAAUUUUUGCGCACCAGAAGAGACUGUUCAUCCAAAAAUGGCAAUUACAAACCUAUAGACUUUCUUCUGUGGAACGUCUGUUUUUAUGUUAUGUUUAGUUUACCCUAAAAGACAAAUUUCCUAUUCAUUUACUUACACGCAAGUCAUCCGAGAUGUACAUGACUUUUUCUUCAGCAGAACAGUAAAAAAGAUUUUUUACAUAAAUUCUGCCCAUUAAGGAUUCAUAAAAUGCAAGUUAUCAGCUGAAGCCACAUUGUGAGUCAAAAAAAGCACAUACAGGUAACACAACAUUAAAGGAACAUCCAUGUUAAUUUAUAUAUGCUUGUUGUCCAAAGUAGAUACAGUUCCCUAAUUUUUAACCCCAUUCUAUCUGAAAGUGUGUAGACUAUAGCCUUUGUCAUAUUUAUUGCCUGCCAAAUUAACAAAUGUAAAUCUUUAAAGUAUGACGCUUACUAUAUAGGUAUAUGGCAGACACAGACACCUUACAUACAGACAGCAGUAAUUUGAUAAAAUCCCUACUGCUUUCAGCUUCUGUCAGUAUCCUGGGAAAAAAACACACUGGAUGGCUAUUUACUUUACUUAUUUAAGAUGAACAGUAAAACAGAAUUCAGAACAUAAGAAGUAUUACCAUAAUACAAUGUUGACAUAUCUUAUCAAGAAGAAAUGCAUUUCA